GUGGAAAGUACUCAACUCCUACUGGCUUAAACCUCCUCCUCCUUGACCCAUCUUCGUCGAGCGAUGGCCAGCGCGGCGUUGAAGCAGACAAUCUCGCCGCCUACAUUACAACAAGCACAGACAACAGCCUUGUUAUCCCUUCUCAACCUCAACAAUCCUCUCGACAACAAUCCGUCGACUUCAAUAACAAAAACUGGUACAAACCUCAAAGCUCCUGCUCCUGCAGGGCCUCCUAUUUGGAAAAUACUAGUAUUGGACCAGCAGACAAAGGAUGUACUAGCAACGGUCCUACGUGUUCAAGACCUACGCGACGUUGGGGUGACGCUUCAUGUCCAGCUUCAUUCGAUGAGACCGCCACUACCAGACGUUCCAGCCGUCUAUUUCGUAUCACCUACCCUAGCUAACAUUCGACGGAUAGCGGAGGACCUCGAAAAGUCCUUGUACGAGUCUUUCAAUCUUAACUUUGUUGACCCUCUUCCUCGUUCACUACUCGAGGAGUUGGCAGCAUCAGUUGCACGAGAUGGGACAGGAGACAUGGUAGAACAGGUCGUGGAUCAAUACCUUUCUUUCAUCGCACCUUCUCCUUCGCUGUUCUCUCUCCUUCCAUCCCCUGUACCACCAGCAUCUCCAACAUCAACCAUACGACCGAUACCACAACCCACGUACGCCAUCCUCAACUCGCCAUCUUCAACGGAACAACAAAUAGAGGCAGAAAUUGAACGAGUGGCUAGUGGGAUAUUUAGCGCCAUCGCUACUAUGGGACACGUCCCUUUCAUUCGGGCCCCCAGAGGGAAUGCCGCGGAGAUGGUAGCCAAGAAGCUCGAAACGAAAAUACGUGAUGCUCUUAUAACCGCUUCCAGAUCACAUUUAUCUACCGGCAUGUUUUCGCAGGAUGCUACUGGAAUUUCAAACCUUCAGCGUCCACUUCUCCUUAUCCUGGAUCGCAACGUUGAUAUGGUGUCCAUGGUCUCUCACGGUUGGACGUAUCAAGCGCUAGUAUCCGACUGCCUUGAAAUCAAACUCAACCGUGUUGUUGUAACGCAACCUCAGAAACGUUCCUACGAUCUCGAUGCCAAGGAUUUCUUCUGGGCCCGCAAUGCAGCGAACCCGUUCCCUCAGGUCGCAGAAGAGAUCGACAUCGAACUGAACAAGUACAAGCAAGAUGCGGCAGAAAUAACUAGAAGUACCGGGGUUAGCGAUGUUGGUGACAUCACACAAUUGGACUUAUCAACAAAUGCUGCCCAUUUGAAAACCGCCAUCACCCAACUCCCUGAAUUGACCGCAAGGAAAGCCACCCUCGAUACUCACAUGAAUAUUGCCACGGCAUUACUUGAAGAGAUCAAAAAGCGCGGUAUGGACGAACUAUUCAGCACCGAGGAGGCCAUCAACAAACAUACAGUAGCUUCUAUUCUUGAAACUCUCCGAGCAACAAGACCGGACGGCGCUUUCACUCCACAAGAUAAACUUCGUCUCGUGAUCGUAUUCUAUCUCUCCUCGCCGGAUAAUGCUAUCACGAAAGACGAUAUCGCUGAGUUGGAGAAAGAACUCAAAUUAGUUGGUGCUGAUGUGUCUGCCUUCGACUACGUCCGACGAACGAGAGAAAUUUCUAAGAUGACGAUGUCGAAUCUGGGAAGCUCCACGCCAACUAUGGGGUCUGUUGCGCAAGGUGGAGAGCUUUUCAGAGGUUUUAGUGCUUUGGGCAACAGGCUGACCGAUAGUCUACGAGAUAGAGGUCUCGAGAAUAUCAUCUCUGGUGUCAAGAACUUCCUUCCGGGAAACAAGUUGCUCCCUGUAACACGUCUUACAGAAGCGUUGAUGGAUUCAUCGGCGGCCUCGAACCAAUCUUUGCAGGAAACGGACGAUUUUAUCUUCCUCGAUCCGCGUGCAGCUAAACACGCAAAUACUGGAAUGACCGGAGGUGUAGGCGGUAGCAGUGUCAAUCGGGGCAGGCGUAUGGCCUUUGCUGAAAGUGUGGUGUUCAUGGUCGGCGGUGCUGGCUACGUCGAGUAUGGUAAUCUUGAGGAAUGGGCUGGGAGAACAGGGAAGAGGGUCACCUAUGGCGGCACUGAAAUUCUGGACCCUGGAGGAUUUGUCGAAAUUCUUGAGACCCUCGGGAAAGCAGGAAGCGUUUGAUGAUAUCUUGUCCCAAGACUAGCAUUUUACCUUUGAGAUGGGCGGAUCUCGGUUUCAAUAUUAAUUCCCUUUCAGUUACAUAAAUGAGGUCAUAGAUACAUUUGAUAAUAUGAUACAAUGAGGAUCCAUGGAGUCCUUUGUUUACUUUUUUCUG